AGGGGCAGUGACGUCACUUCCGCCCGACCUUUGACCUUCGCCCUUCGCGUUACUUCCGGCCGGCGCUCCGCGUGCGCCUCCCGAUCCCGGCGCCGAUCCUGCUCCUCUCGCCCGGGCUUCCCCACGGGAGCGACCCGGGACAGUGCAAGGAUGGCGUCUUUGGAAGAAAACUUUCCUCGAGGGGGUAUCCAGAAAAAACCUGCAGAGAGAAAAACAUCCAAGCCAAAGCUAGAGCAGGACAAUUUGUUCGAUGUUCACCUUGAAGAAAAAUCCCAGAAAAGAAAAAGGAGCCAAAAGGAUCAAGGAAAGCAGAAAAAGUUCAAGGCAGACAAAACAACCACUGCUAAAGACGAUGUUGUGAAUAUUGGACCACUCACAAUUCAGGCGCUGUGUGAGGACAUGCUUCUCCUUGGGUGUAUAAAGGAGAUCACUGACUACGAGCUGGUCAUCAGUUUGCCCAAUGGUCUUUUGGGAUUUGUGCCCAUCACGCAGAUCAGCGAUGCCUACAGCAAACUGCUGAGCCAGCAGGUGGCCCAAGGAGAACUCCCAGAGGGCUUGAAUUCGCUCUCGGACGUGUAUUCUCCAGGGACACUGGUCAGGUGCAUCGUGACCAGCGUGGAGAAAAGUGAUGAUGGACGUCGCAGCAUCAAAUUAUCGAUUGACCCCAAGAAGGUCAAUAAGGGCCUGAAUGCCUUAGCCCUAGCAACAGGCAUGCUGCUCUCUGGCUCUGUAUCUAGUGUGGAAGACCAUGGCUACCUCAUAGAUAUUGGAGUCAGUGGGACUCAUGCUUUCCUGCCUCAUGAGAAAGCCAAAAAUUACAUCAAAGCACUCAAGAGAGGGCCUGACUUGAAAAUAGGCCAGAACCUGACCUGUGUCAUCGUGGAAGUGAAGAACGAGGGCAGAGUGGUCCGUUUGUCCAUUGAUCGGUCAGAGGUUGCUGCAUCCCUUGCCACAGAGAAACAGAACUGGGCACUCUCUAACUUACUACCAGGGCUAGUGGUGAAAGCUCGAGUGCAGAAGAUGACCCCGUUUGGAAUGAAACUGACAUUUCUGUCUUACUUCACUGGCAUUGUGGAUUUCAUGCACAUGGACCCGGAGAAAUCCAUGAACUAUUCUCCAGAUCAAGUGGUGAAGGCUUGCAUCCUGUCUGUGCACCCUGGCUCCAAGGCGGUGCGGCUCACGCUGCGUCCGGCCUUCCUCCACCCCGGGGGAUCCCCCAACCAGCUCUCCAGUGACCGUGUGGGGGCCGUGGUGGAGGAGUCCACAGUGAAAGCUUUCUAUAAGCAGUUUGGUGCCCUCUUUGAGCUCGAUGAUGGCACUCUUGCGUUUGCACGGUUGAAGCAUCUUUCAAAGAACAGAAAAUCAUUUAAACCUGGGGCAUUUAAGGAAGGAUGCAAACACAAAUGUCGGAUCAUUGACUACAGCCUGAUGGAUGAGAUGUGUCUUGUAUCUCUGAAGCAUCAGGUUAUUGAAGCACGGUUUCUGCAAUACCAAGAUAUCCACACAGGUGAUGUGCUUGAGGGCAAAGUGCUUUCUCUGAAACCCAUUGGGAUGCAGGUGAAAGUAGCUGAUGGGAUUAGAGGACUUGUGCCAUCCCUCCAUCUCGCUGAUGUGAUCCUGAAGCAGCCUGAGAAGAAGUACAACAUAGGAGAUGAAGUCAAGUGUCGGGUGCUAGAGUGCAAUCCUGCAGGAAAGAAGCUGAUCCUUACUCUAAAGAAAAGUCUCAUCCAGUCAAAGCUUCCAGUCCUCACAAAUUAUGAAGAUGCAAAACCAGGUGUGAUCACACAUGGCUUUGUGGUGUGUGCAAGGGAAUUUGGCUGCAUUGUGAAGUUCUAUAAUGAUGUCAAAGGUCUGGUACCCAAGAAUGAGCUGAGCUCAGAACCCAUAUCUUGUCCAGAUAAAGUCUUCUAUGAAGGCCAGGUUGUUAAAGUAAUGGUCUUAAAAUGUGAGCCCCAGCAGGAAAGACUCUUGUUGUCCUUCAGGUUAUCAAGCAAGUCUGGCCCUGAGGACAAAAGGGAAUGUACUUCAAAGGAAAAACAGGAAGUGAAAUAUCAAAUAGGAGAGAUAGUUGAUGUGAAAGUCUUGAAGAAGAAAGAUAAUGGGUUAGAAGUUUCUAUCUUAGAAGAUGAAGGCAAUGUGGUUGCCUGGAUCCCCACGCAGCACCUCUCUGACUUUGUUGCUACCUCCAAGCUCCUGUGGCACUGUCUUCAAGAGGGAGAUGUCCUGCCCAGGGUUAUGUGUCUAAGUGCCAAGGGAGAGCACAUUAUCUUGAGCAGAAAGUCUGCAGUGAUUUCUGCUGUACAGGAGGAGCAAGUUGUGAGAAGCUUCUCUGAAAUCCAGCCUGGCAUGCUGUUGACUGGUUAUGUGAGGAAUGUGAUGCCCUUUGGGGUGUUUGUGGAGUUCCCUUUUGGUGUGACAGGACUGGCACCCAAAGUGAGCAUGAGUGACAAGUUUGUGACAGACACCAAGGACCACUUUGUGGUGGGACAGACUGUGAUUGCGAAGGUGAUGAGCAUUGAUGAGGAGAAGCGGCGAGUGCUCCUCAACCUGAAGGUGUCAGAGUGCAGCUCGGGUGAUUCUGCUGCAGAGAGCUUUGCCCUCCUGAAUCAAUAUUUCAAGGAGCUGAAAGAAAUCAGGGACUUGUUGAAAAGAGGGGAGCCCAGCAUGGCCCAAGGCCUUUGUGAGUUGGUGCCUGGGAAGGAGCUGCAGCUGGUCGUGCAGGAUGUGAGGGAGGAUGGCUCAGCACUGUUCAGUGGCAGCUGUGUCACAGGAUUGACUGUAACCGCCACUCGCUACCAUGUGGGAGAUAAAAACAUUGUCCCUGGUAAGAAAAUGAAGGCGUUGAUUCUUCAUGUGGAUGCCCCCACAUCCGAGGUGUAUGUUUCUCUUCGGGAAGAACUGUUAAAGCAAAGACCCAAGCGACAGCUCAGAGAGAACUCCCAGCACUCUGCUGUUGUGCAGCACAUUGCAGAACAGUUUGCCCUGGUGUCUCUGUUGGAAACAGGCCAGCUGGCAGCUGUGCCCAUCCCGUCUCACUUCAACGACACCUUCCGCUUUGACUCAGAAAAACUGAAGGUGGGACAAACAAUCUCUGCAACCUUAAGAGCGGUGAAAGAGAAUGACCACGGGGUCUUGUUAGCAGUGCAAGGCCCAGCAAAGAAGAAUUUUUUUGCGAGGGUCCGGAAUGAAUCUGAGACAGUAUUAGAAGAGAUGCUUCCUGCUGUGAAACACUCGCUUUCCCCAGGGGAUAUUGUUACUGGGACCAUUAAAUCUGUCAAACCAACCCAUGUUACAGUUGCUAUUGAUGACAAGCUGACAGGUUCAAUCCAUGCAUCCCGGAUUCUGGAUGAAGUGCCCAUAGGCUCCUUUCCAACAUUUACUCUGAAAGCUGGACAGAAGGUGACUGCUCGAGUCAUUGGAGUUAGAGAUGUGAAUACUCACAGGUACCUGCCCAUCACCCAUCCACACUUCACUCAAUCCAUUCCAGAGCUCAGCAUUCGACCAAGUGAAAAAGAAGGGGAAGUCACAGCAAUGCUGAACCUUAAAGAAGACAAUGCCUGCAAGAAACUUGGACUCUACAGUGUGGGACAAACAGUCACCUGUUUUGUAAAAAAGUAUAACAUCCUCAAAAAUUGGCUGGAGGUAGAAGUUGCCCCUGACAUUCGAGGAAGAGUUCCUCAUCUGCUGCUGUCUAUGAACACCAAGGUCUUAAAACAUCCAGAAAAGAGCUUUAAAAUUGGCCAGGCAAUAUCAGCUACAGUGACUGGAACAGAUGUCACAGAAACAAACCUCUGCUUGUCACUCACAGGAAUUCAGUCACUGGAGCAGGGCACUGUCACUGUAGGCAUGGUAACAAAGGUGACUCCACAUGUCGGUUUGACCAUUGCACUGCCAGGUGGGAAGACUGGCAAAGUCAGCAUCUUUCACCUGAAUGAUACUUACACAGAGAAUCCUCUGGGUAACUUCAAAGUUGGCAAGAUCGUCAGGUGUUACAUCCUCUCCAACGAAAACGGCAAAAUCCAGUUAUCUCUCCGGCAAUCCCGGCUGAAUCCAAAGAUCUACACCAAAGUGGAAGAUGUUGAAAUAACAUGUAUUAAGGAUGUUAAAAAAGGCCAGCUAGUGAGAGGCUAUGUCAAAUCAAUCACUCCAUCAGGUGUAUUCUUUGGCUUGUCCACUUCUCUUCUGGGCCGAAUCCUGUUCCAGAAUGUUUCCCCUUACUUUGUACAGAAACACUCCUUAUAUGAAAAAUACCUGCCUGAAGGAAAGCUGCUCACUGCUAAAGUGCUUGGUGUAAAUGGAAAAGAAAAACAUAUUGAGCUUUCUCUCCUGCCUGAGGACACUGGGAUGCCAAGUGUCUUGCCUGAAUCCCUAGGCCUACCACAAUAUGGUGCAGAGGAGGAGAAAAGAGAGGCACAUAGUAAGAAAAAAAGUGAAGAGCCUAAGUCGAAGACAAAAAGGAGAAGAGGAAACUCUGAAAGUGGGCAGGAGGCGAAGCCAAAAAAAAGGAAGAUCUGCCCAGCAGAUGAAAAUGACAGUGGAAUUGAGGUAUAUUACCGUGAGGAGGAUGAGGAUGACCAGGAGGAAGAGGCAGCUAAAAAGAAAUCUGAGAUAAGGAAACCUGGUGAAGCUCCCAGGCUGCAGGUUUCCAUGGGCUUCACCUGGGAUGAGGACAUGAAUGCAGUGGAUAUACCUCUGGUGAAUCAGAAGGAAGAAAGCUCAGAGAGCGAGGAGGAGGAGGAUCCGCAGUCCAAGUUAAAGAAAAAAACAAAGAAGGAGAAGGAACUAGAGAAGCAGAAGAAGGAGAAGGAGCUUUGCAAAGUAGAGGCAGCUCUGAUGGACCCCACUCGACAGCCCCAGUCAGCAGAUGACUUUGACCGCCUGGUGCUGAGCAGUCCCAACAGUUCCAUCCUCUGGCUGCAGUACAUGGCUUUCCACCUCCAGGCUACAGAGAUUGAGAAGGCCAGAGCUGUAGCAGAGAGAGCACUUAAAACAAUCUCUUUCAGGGAAGAACAGGAGAAGCUGAAUGUCUGGGUAGCUCUGCUGAACUUGGAGAACAUGUAUGGUACUGAGGAGACACUGAUGAAGGUCUUUGAGAGAGCUGUCCAAUACAAUGAACCUCUGAAAGUCUUCCAGCAUCUGUGUGACAUCUAUGCCAAUUCUGAGAAGUACAAGCAAGCAGAAGAAUUGUACCACACAAUGCUGAAGCGUUUUCGUCAGGAGAAAUCCGUGUGGCUGAAAUACACCUCGUUCCUCUUGAAGCAAGGCCAGACUGAGGCUACACACAGACUUUUGGAGCGUGCUCUCAAGGCUUUGCCCACAAAAGAACAUGUGGAUGUCAUUUCAAGGUUUGCACAGCUGGAGUUCCGUUUUGAGGACACAGAGCAUGCCAAGGCCCUCUUUGAGAGCACCCUCAGUAGCUAUCCCAAGCGGACAGACAUUUGGUCCAUCUACAUGGACAUCAUGAUCAAACAUGGCAGCCAGAAGGAAGUACGGGACAUCUUUGAGAGAGUCAUACACCUGAGCUUGGCACCAAAGAAGAUGAAAUUCUUCUUCAAACGCUACCUGGAUUAUGAAAAGAAAUUUGGUACAGAAGAAAGUGUCCUGGCUGUUAAAAGAGCAGCACUUGAGUAUGUGGAGACCAAGAGUUCCCUUACUGACACCUAAAUAUGGUGCAAGUAAAAGCAGAGAGACUUGACUCUCCAUGCAGUGUGGGAACUGAGAGUGUGGAGUUCUGCUGUGACUGUCCAUGGACAGUGAAUUUCUGGAGAGUGUUGGUCUAUGACCAAACCAGCCUGGAAAGAACAAACAAUGAAAUGACAUGAUUUGGUAAAGGUUUGCAGCUUUGUCCAGAUGUUACAAAUAAUCCUACUCUGUUGAUGACACAUUUUUAAAUACAGACUGUUUUAUAUUCAAAAGACA